ACAAAGAAAAAGAAUUUCCAUUUCCGGUAACGCGGACAGCGGAUGGAUAGAGACGAGGGUGGUUGAGGCCUAGUUGGUGUGAUUGGGAAGGUUUAGGACUAAACUGAAAUAAGUGGUUAUAACAUUGUCGAGAGUGCAGGGUGACAUUAAUACGUAUGUACGCAACGUUUUACAGCUUUAGAAGAUAUGUAUCAAUGAAGCAGGCGUGUAAGCUGCCUUGGCUAGCUUUUUGCUAGCUGGAUAGCUGCUUUAGCUGCAGACCCAUCGGAGAGCUCUUCGUUAUUUUUUCUAUCGGAAACCGAUCUUAACUACAUUGGGUAUUGUAAUAUAAGUUGAGAACGCAGUGUCCUUGUUUUUUGUUGUAACGAUUUUAAGUCACACGUGCUACAGCUGGGAUAAAAUUGAAAUUUAGUUCAGCGCCAGCUAAUUCCGCCCUCCUUACGGUUCAUUCAUCGUCUAACUUAACUUACUGAUAAUUCAAAAUGUCGGACUUUGAUGAAUUCGAGAGACAGUUGACUGAAAACAAACAAGGUGUUGAGAAUCUGAAUUCGCUUGAGCGGGACAAGGAGAACCGGCACCGCCGCCGCAGUUCCUCCCGCAGCCGCAGCCGAGAGAGGAAGAGGAGGAGCAGGGAAAGGAGAAGCAGGGAGCGUCGUAGCGGCAGCAAAGACCGCCGACACAGACGCAGCACACAGCCUCAAAAUCCACCCCAAGACAUCGUCAGCCGUUCCCCCCAUCGGGAGAAGAAGAAGAAGGUGAAGAAGUACUGGGAUGUCCCUCCACCGGGCUUUGAGCACAUCACCCCCAUGCAGUAUAAGGCCAUGCAAGCUGCUGGUCAGAUCCCUGCCACUGCCCUGCUACCCACCAUGACUCCUGAUGGCCUGGCAGUCACCCCCACCCCUGUGCCUGUGGUGGGCAGCCAGAUGACCCGACAGGCCCGUCGGCUCUACGUGGGCAACAUACCCUUUGGCAUCACAGAGGAAUCCAUGAUGGACUUCUUCAACGCUCAGAUGCGUCUUGGAGGCCUGACACAGGCUCCUGGCAACCCAGUCCUUGCCGUGCAGAUCAACCAGGACAAGAACUUUGCCUUUCUGGAGUUCCGCUCCGUGGACGAGACCACCCAGGCUAUGGCGUUUGACGGCAUAAUUUUCCAGGGCCAGAGCCUGAAGAUCCGCCGGCCGCACGACUACCAGCCGCUGCCGGGCAUGAGCGAGAACCCCAGUGUCUACGUGCCAGACGGAAUUGCUUUUUGUCAAGGAGUUGUUUCCACGGUGGUGCCAGAUUCGGCUCACAAACUUUUUAUCGGCGGUCUGCCCAACUAUCUGAACGAUGACCAGGUGAAGGAGCUGCUGACGUCCUUCGGCCCCCUGAAGGCCUUCAACUUGGUUAAGGACAGCGCCACAGGCCUCUCGAAAGGAUACGCCUUCUGUGAAUACGUGGAUGUCAAUGUCAACGAUCAGGCCAUUGCUGGUCUGAAUGGAAUGCAGCUGGGUGAUAAAAAGCUGUUGGUGCAGAGGGCAAGUGUUGGAGCGAAGAACGCCACCCUGACGAGCGUGAACCAGACACCGGUGACGCUGCAGGUGCCGGGGCUGAUGAACAGCUCGAUGAACCAGAUGGGCGGCAUCCCCACAGAGGUGCUGUGCCUCAUGAACAUGGUGGCGCCCGAGGAGCUGCUGGAUGACGAGGAGUACGAGGAGAUCCUGGAGGACGUCAGGGAGGAGUGCAGCAAGUACGGCCAGGUCAAGAGCAUCGAGAUCCCCCGGCCCGUGGACGGCCUGGAUGUGCCUGGCACUGGAAAGAUCUUUGUGGAGUUCACAACUCUUUUUGACUCCCAGAAAGCCAUGCAGCAACUGACUGGAAGGAAGUUUGCCAACAGAGUGGUGGUGACCAAGUACUGCGAUCCUGAUGCCUACCAUCGCCGAGAGUUCUGGUAGAACAGGAGAAAAGAAGAAAGGGAGAGGUGGGACAGUAGAAGGAAAGAAAAAAGGGUGGGAUGGAGUGAGUGAGGGAGAAAAAUUGAGAAAUAAUACAAAGAGGUUUGGGGAGGGGGGUGGAGGGGUGGGAAUGGUGGGGAUUUUCUACUAUCAAAAGUUGCUAUGUGGAAAGGAAAUGAGUAUAUGUAAUAGUAACCAGCUAAGGUUCAAGACUAUGUGAGUGGGUUAGUUUUUGUGUUUGUAUUUUAAGAAUGUGUGUGCUUAUGUAUCCAGAGGGUAAAAAAAAAAUCUCCUUCAUAAUUUUUUGUUUUCGUUUUGUAUUUUUAAAUGGUCCUGGGCUGGGAGAAGUGCCAUUUUUGCUCCCUGACCAAAAUAACAGGGAGGUUGUGGGACAUGUUUUUUGCAGCUGCAGUUCAUUAACCUGCUCCCUCUCUACAAACCGUAAGAAAGCACCAGUCCUAUAAUAGUGGGUGGAAUCCUCAGUCUCAAAGUUCCUGAUGUGACGUAGAGCUGCCGCUCACUGUAUCUCUUCUGUCCGCUGCUCUCAUUUUCUCGCAUAUAUUUCUCCCCCUUCAGGCUGUAAAAGGCUGUAAAUCAGUAGCUAUUUUUCGUUGACAUUUGUUAGGUUUUGAUUGUCAGUAUUUUUUAAAUUAAAUUCCAGAUGUCACUAGCAUUGUCUGUUCUCCUCUCGGGCAUUAGUGCCUACCUGCCUAUGCUGGUGGUGCCCCCUCUGUUGCGGUGUGGGGGCACCUGUGGGUUGGUGCCCCACUACAGUGUAGCCCAUUUGUUUCAUAAUAAAACUCUUGGAAACUCAAUCUGGUGUGGCUGCCUUGCCCAUGCAACAGGGAAAGGGGAAUUAACAGGCCCAGUCCAUAGGUGGUUUGUCACCUUCUUAAUCACUCAUUCACGUGGGAAAGUGAACUGGAAGUAAACAGAAUCAUUUUCUCUUGCUCCUCUCUGGCUUCUCAAUUCCUUCCUCCCACUUGUAUCACUGUACAGCAAAAACCUCUAUCACUGCCAAUAAACGUACAGGCUGCUUUUCUACAAUUGCUUAACCAUUUUCAUCCAGUAAGGUAGUUCUGCUUUUUUUUUUUUUUCCUUCAUUCAGAGUUAUUUUUUUCUUAUACACACACCAGUGUGAUUUCCAGUGUCUGUGUGGUUUUCUUUUGAGUUGCGGGAAAGAAAGAGAUUGUAAUUCACAUAAUAAGACUUCCUUAUUCAUGCUUUUGUUUUCAUGAAAUGCCAUCUCAACUCCAGAUUGAAGACAAAUGUGUAAAAUCAAAGAACUCAGUAUAAAAUUAGAAAUCCAUGACCAGAUACAGAGAUCUGCCUCUUCUGGAAACCCAGUAGUCUCAAAAUGAAUAAGGCAUGUGAUUCAUUCUGCAUAGAUCUCUAGAUAUGAAUAUGAAUUUGGCUUUUAAGGGUUUUUCUUAGCCUCACGUACCACGAUGUGACAAAUUCUGUAGUUAAUCUGUGUAAGGUCCAGUUAACUGCUAAGUACAUCUUGUCAGCCUUCUUUCUCCACAGUCAAACAGAGAGGAAGUGAUCGUCUAUUCUUUUUUGUUUGUUUUGUUUUGUUGUCUUUUGUCUGAGAGCACACGGCAUUAAAAGAUGAGAUGUCUACCACAGCCCUCUUUUAUUUUUAAAUGGAAAAAAAUAAUAAUCCAGACAGAAAACAAACACUGUUUUGCUAAUCAUUCAGUACAAGGUUACAGAGGCUAGGCCAAUGCACGAGAAAACACCUGAAGAGAUAAACACCUAGGUGUUUGUGUUCGCCCACAUCACUGCAGUCAGAGUGAAUGGGCAUUUUGAAAGACCAGGCGUGUAUGUGAUGGUAUACCGUAAACUAGGAUUCUGGCUGUUUCAUGUAUAAGCCUUGAAUACUUGGUUCUCAUAUAUACAUUUGUUAGUACUACUUUCUGUGUAUGGAUAUGUUUUUUUUUUUUCUUGGUUUAGGAGGCUGUUGACAAUUGCUAAAGCAGCUAACAUCAAAUGCUAGUGUCGUUUUCCAAAUGGCUUUUUUCAUUGCAAAUGAUACAGAAAUGUGUUUAACAUUUCACUUUUCUCAAGAAUAAAUACGUAAAUAUAUAAAAGAA